AGUCAUCCGGUCACGUACGUUGGCCUUUUGUCAGAGGCAAAACGGUGUCACUGUCUUGAGUCUCACCACCACCUCUCCGGCAAUUUCAAGCUCGAAGACUGCAGUCUUUCGAUGGAUUCCGUUGCCACCUCCUUAGCCCGCCAACCCAGCCCUGAAAGCUCGCCUACUCAUACGGAUGCCAUGGCCUCUACGUUGACUGCAACCCUCCUCAAGAACCCGCAGCCAUCUGCUUCGAAUGUCGAAGCGGCGAAAGAGACGACAGCGUCGCAAUACGGCGCGCCGUACUCUACCGGUGGCCGCGUCGUUUCUAUCUACGAGAUAUUCUUCGGGAUCUGCAAGCUGGUCCUCGCCAACGGAAAACCUGCGGAUCUCGUGCCACUCGUCACCGUGAGCCGCGCGGCGAGCGAGGUAGCGCGCGACGUUCUUUGGGAGAAGCAGACCGAAUUCGGGCCCCUAUUCAGGACGAUACCGCGCGUGGAGGCAAAGGAGAUAGGGGGCUGUCGCUAUAUCUGCGAACCUGUUGAUGAACUCGUCUUCAGUUCGCGGAGAGUCCAACGUGUGUCCUUCGAACUUCCCGCCGGUACGCCGAAAAGCUUGACGGAUGCUGAGUACGCCACGUUCAGCGACUACGCGCGGCGCAUCAAGAAAUUUUUGGACGGGUUUGCAUAUGAAGACUGGAAGAGCGCCGAUGAGAUCGAUCCGCAGCUCCUAGGUGCUGUGCUCGAGCGAGGGCCAAUUCUUCCGCGUGUCCACACUUUGCGACAAGGCGGCGGCUUCAAGAUGGCUUUCACCCAUCACUAUGUCAAGGCCACGGUCUUCUGCCGCCUCCAACCCGCGUCAGGGGAUGGCGCUCCAGCUGGCCUAUGCCUCAUGAAGAGAGGUCGCAAGGGGCCGCCUCGGAGGAUUGGAACGAUUGUACCGCUCUCGAAUUUCCGCUCGCUGAAUGUCUUUCACGAGCAUGGCGAUGCAUUCGAACAGAUCGCGAGUCUCCGCGACCUCCAGCACCUGGACGAACUCCACCUCACCAACUUCAGGGCGGACAGCUGCUUUGACGAAGAGCCAGCGAGAGCGUCCGAAUCGGGGUUCCGCUCGCUGCGGACUCUGGUAUUUGCAGGACAUCAGAAGCGGCUGCAUGACGCCCGGUAUGCUCUACGCGCCAUGUCCUCGGAGCCGCUCCGCCUGAAGGCGCUUGCGUAUUACGGUGCCGAACAGAUAGGCGAGGACGACCAACGGGACGCUCAACGCUUUCAUACUGCGGUGCGCGAGUGCGUGGACCACGACAGCCUCACUACUUUGCUCGUCUCGACUGGCCGCAGGGGGUGCGUGCGCGCGGCCGACCUCUUCGCCGACCUCUGCGUAUUCAAGAAUAUCUCUCGCGCACAGAUCAACUUCGACUCAAUCGACUCGAAAGACGCGGACGCGGACGGCGCGCUGGAUCUGCUGAGUGGCGCGUGGCCGAAGCUCGAGUAUCUCACCUUCGCUCAUCAUGCGGUGACGCUCGCAGGCCUAACGCCGUUAGCUCGACGGUGCCCGGCGUUGAAAGCCCUGAGUGCCGCAAUUGAUAUGCGCUGCAUUCCUGAGCCUAUCCUGCAGUCGCAGCGCGAGGUUAUGAGCGAGCGCCGCGUCGAGCUCGUGAUUCGGAUGGGGACGGUACCGAGCGCGAGCGAUGAUCUUAUGCAAUUCUUGGACAGUAUAUUUCCACCACCGACAUUGCGCCGUAUCAGUGCACAUAGAGGCAAUUAUCGUGCUGCUUAUGAUUGGGAUGAAUUUUGGACGAGAAUGCAGGAACGAGCGGUCACAGAAUUAUAGCCUCGCUUUUAUCAAUAGCGCUUUCUAUCUACUCAAAUUCUGUUGUCAGACUGUGAUGAUUUUGCCUGAAUGUACUCUAUCGCACGCUUUACAACACUUGUUAGACUACAAAGCGACAUAGACGGGAUAGGCGCAGCGC